AUGUUUUUGUAUUUAAAAUCUUGCAUUCUCUUGAUUUUUCUUAUUAACCAAGUUGUUUCAAAUUGGAGACUUGUAGAUUACAGUUUUACAGAGGAUGAUAUAUAUGAAAACAAUUGGAAAAUGAGAGAUGAUUGUGACAGUUCUUCUGACUCUUCAUUUUAAUAAGAAGCAUGUGGAUAAAAUUAAUUGUCUUAUGUUAGUUUGAAGAAAAGUAGGAGAUUGUUAUUAAAAUCAUUUAACUAUAAGAGCUAUUAAGUUUAAGUAAUUCUUGAUGUCUUUUUUGGUUUUGCAGAUGAUAAUAAAAAUUCAUGGAUAAAAGUUUUGUAUGAUAGCAAUAUAGCAUCAGAAAAUGAAUAAUAACUUUAUAAAAGAGAUUAUAAAGAUGAUGAUCUAACUUAAAAUAGUAUUCGAAUUUGUAAUGACACUUCAAGUUCAAGUAGAUUUGAAUUGAAAACUAUUGUAAGUACUAUUGGAAAUUCAAAUACUAAUAGUUUUACAAUAAAAAUAUGUGUUGAUCCUGAAAAGGAUUACAUGAGAUUAGGAAUUAGAAAUAUUUUAAUCUUUGCUAACACUUGCCAUCCAACUUGUUUAACAUGCAAUGGUCCAUUGGAAACUAAUUGUUUAACAUGUUUUAAUGCUUAAAGUUUAUCAGGAGGUAAAUGCAAAUGUAUCUCGAAUUAAUAAUUUUCUGAAACUUAUUUAGGUUGUCGAUAAGAAUGUGAAAGAGAUAAUUCAAUAGCUCGUUAUGAUAAAAUUUGUGUAGAAGACAAAAGAAUAAAAUCAAAAUUUACCCUGUUUGAAAAUAAUAAUAUACCAUAAUCAAAUUAUUACAGAUAUUCACCUCUUGUAUUUCAAGAAGAUAAAUUUCAUACAAAAAACACAGAUUUAAUUUAUGAAAAUUGUAAUGGGAUUAGCUUCAUAGGGAAAUUUUAAUUUAGUGAAGGAAUGAUUUAUUAAAUGAGUUUAGAAAAUGUAGCAAAAUUUUUAAGAAUUCGAAUGACAUUUUAUUUUUUUGAUUUUUAAGAUCAAAGCAAAAUUGAAAUCUUAUAUAAUGGUUAAUAAUAAUCUAGAAUAAUAAAAGAUUCAUCAAAUUUCUAAUUUGAAAAUUUGAUACCAAUAUUUUAAGAAAAUGGAAAUUGUAUAGAUAGUUAUACUCUAAUAAGAAUUGAAAUGAUUUUUUAACUCUAUGAUACUAAACCAGUACUUACCAUUUAAGGUCAAUUAUAAUUUGAUUAUGAAUCUUGGGGACUUAGAAAUAUAACAGUAGACACAGGAUUUUGUUAAGAAAAUUGUUUAGUUUGUUCUGACUUUUCUAAAUGUUCAUAAUGUAUUACUGGAUAUAAACUAUAUAAAAAUAUGUGUGUUUAAACAUGUCCUGUAUAUUCAACUAAUUGUGUUGAUUAUGAAGAUCUUAUUCCAUGUAUAAAUUAUUAAUAAAUUUUAGAUUCUAGAUACCUAGUAAAAGGAUUUUACGAUUUGAAUAUGACAAUAGAUGAUAUAGAUACUUUUUAUGAUGAUGCAACUGAUUCAUCUAAAAAUUAUGCUACUGGAUAAAAAUUUUCUUUUUUAAAUAAAAAAAUAGUAUUGGGUGGAAUUUUAGUCUGGAAUGAUGGAUCAUAUAAAAAGACAUGGACAAUAUCAGAUCCUCAUUAUGCUGUGACAGUUUAUUUUAAUAUUACUUACGGAGAUGAAUAUUCUGGUUAAUUUACAUAUAAAAUUGGUUCUUCUAGUGAUACAUUUUAAGGACCUUUUAAUUAUCCUGGAGGAGGAUCAAAUUUGGUUGGUCGUACAUUUAAAGAGAAAACAGUUUUUUUUAAUUAGAGUUUACCUAACUUUUAGAAUAAUAAUUUAUAUAUUGAAUUUAAAUGUGAUGUUGGUACAGCUAACAUAACAAAAGAGUUUUGUGCAAUAUCUGAAUAUUUCAUUGUUGUUCAUUAUGUAAUAUUUUAUUAUAAUAUAGUGUCGUCCAUUUUGUUCAAGUUGCACAAGUUUGAAUGUAUGUACAGGCACUACUUCAAAUUGUGGAGUAACUUAAUAUUUGUAUUUUAAUUCAACAACUGAAACUUAUAGUUGUAAAGAUUGUAAUCAACCUGGAUGUAGUACUUGUACAAGUGCUGAAAUAUGCACUUAAUGUUUGAAUACUCAAUUUUAUUUAUAAAAUGGAAUUUGUUUAUGCAAACCAUUUACAUUUUAUUAAGUGAAUACUUGUGUUUAAUGUAAUAAGUAUUGUGAAAAUUGUUAUGGAAAUUCCAAGUAUAAUUGUCUUACUUGUGUUGAAGAUUAUCAUAGAGCUAUUUCAAAAAAUUAAUGUUUAUGUUAACCUGGAUAUUAUGAUGAUGGAAUUAAUCUGCCCUGUCUUCCGAUAUGUGGAGAUUAAAUUGUAGUAGAUUAAGAAGAUUGUGAUGAUGGUAAUUAUAAUCCAUUUGAUGGUUGUCAUAAUUGUAAAUUUGCUUGUAACUUUGCAUGUGAUAUUUGCUUUAAUGGAAGAUGUUAUGCAUGUAAAAGUGGAUAUGAAUUAUAUAGCGGUGACUGUCGUUCUAUUUGUUAAAACAAAUCUCUUACUUUGUUAUAAUAAUGCAAUGAGAAUACUAGAAAUUGUGUGAAUUGUUAAUAUGAAUGCUCAAUUAAUUGUAUUGAUUGCCAUUUUGGAAUAUGUCUAUAAUGUAAUGAAAAUGCUGGAUGGUAUGCUCAAAUGGAUGGAACAUGCAAUUCUAUUUGUGGUGAUGGAAUAAUAGUUAAUUUAACUGAAAGAUGUGAUGAUGGUAAUUCUAUUCCAUUUGAUGGAUGUAAUUUUUGUGAAUUUUAAUGCGAUACUUAUUGUCUUACUUGUAUUAAAUCAGAGUGUCUAUCUUGUUAAAAUGGUUAUUAAUUAAUUGAGAAUAGAUGUUUUGCUAAAUGUUAAGAUUAAAUUCUAGUAUAUCCUGAAUAAUGUGAAGAUGGAAAUAUAACAUAAUAUGAUGGAUGCUUUAAUUGCAAAUUUUAAUGUUCUAUAUAUUGCAUAGAUUGCUAAUUUGGAAUCUGUCAACAAUGUGAUGAAUUAAAUGGAUGGUAUUUACAAUCAAAUGGAACUUGUUAAAGUGUUUGUGGAGACAAUAUAACAGUUCAUGAAGUUGAAGAAUGUGAUAAUAAUACUAAUCUUACUAGACUUUGUAAUUAAUGUUAAUAUGUAUGUGAAUAAAAUUGUUUAGAAUGUAAUAAAGGUUUGUGUAGUGUUUGCAUAGAUGGAUAUUAAUUAUUAUCAUCAAUUUAAAAAUGCAUUUAAGUAUGUGAUAAUGGAACUUUAGUUAAGGAUAUUAAUAUUAUUUGUGAGGAUAAUAAUAAUCUUUAAUAUGAUGGCUGUUAUUCUUGUUAAAUUAGCUGUCAAUCAUCUUGUACUUUAUGUACUUUAAAUGGAUGUUAAGAAUGUAAUAAUUAAGGAUGGAAAUUAAAUGAAUAAUAAUAUAAAUGUGAACCCAUUUGUGGAGAUGGUAUAAUUAUAUAAAAUGUUGAAGAAUGUGAUGAUUUGAUAAAUCAGAACUGCUAUCAAUGUAAAUAUAUUUGUUAAGAUUCUUGUUUGAUAUGUCAUAAAGGUAAUUGUUUAAAGUGUUAAAAAGGAUGGUAACUUGAUUUUGAGAAGAAAUGUUAUCCUACAUCUGGAGAUUCUUUUGUAGUUGGAAAUGAGCAAUGUGAUGACUAUAAUUUUAUAAUGAAUGAUGGUUGUUAUCUUUCAUAUUUUUAAUGUUAACAAUCAUGUUUAAACUGUUAAUUUGGAAAUUGUAUCUAAUGUGAACAAGGAUAUUGGAUUAUUGAUGAUCAAUGUUAUGAGAUUUUGAAUGAUGGAUAUAGUGUUGGAAAUGAGUAAUGCGAUGAUAUGAAUUUUUAAGGAUUAGAUGGUUGUUUUAAUGGUUAAUUUGAUUGUCCUGAAGAUUGUGAAUAUUGUUAUAAAGGAUUAUGCUUAAGAUGCAUUUAAGAAUCAAAAUAACUUGAUUAAAUUAAUAAUUAUUGUUAAUCAUUUUGUGGAGAUGGAUAUUUAUCAAAUGAUGAAUAAUGUGAUGAUGCAAACAAUAUUCCAUAUGAUGGCUGUCAUUAAUGUAAAUUUUAAUGUAAUGAUUAUUGCCAUAUUUGUAAUUAUGGUCAAUGUUUAUAAUGUUAUCUUGGAUAUGAAUUAGAUACAAUUAACAAUACUUGUUAAAGUAUUUGUGGAGAUGGGAUUGUUGCACAUGAUGAAUAAUGUGAUUAUGGAGAUUUACGAUUAGAAGAAGAGUGCUAUAAUUGUAAAUUGUAAUGUUAAGAAUAAUGUAUUAAGUGUGUUGAUGGUUAAUGUUUUUAAUGCUAUUCUCCAGGUUGGGAAUUAAAUUCAAUUGAUAUGAAAUGUUAUCCUUUUUGUGGAGAUUAGUUAGUUUAAGGAAAUGAAUAAUGUGAUGAUGGAAAUAAUGAAGAUGAUGAUGGCUGUGUUGAAUGCUAGUUUAAUUGUUAAUAAUAAUGUACACUAUGCAAUAUAAGUGAUUGUUUAGAAUGUGAUGUUGAAGGUUGGUAGCUUUAUAUUAAUAGAUGCUAUCCUAUUUGUGGCGAUAAAUUAGUAUUAGGUAAGGAGGAAUGUGAUGAUGGUAAUCUCAUUCCCUAUGAUGGAUGUUAUGAAUGUAAAUUCUAAUGUUAGGAAUAAUGUGUUGAUUGUGUCAAAGGCAUAUGUAAUAGUUGUAUUGAUCAUGGAUGGGAACUUAAUUAAAAUCAUGUUUGUACUACUAAAUGUGGAGAUGGAAUCACUAUUGAUGAAUAUGAAUAAUGUGAUGAUGGUAAUGAUAUUCCUUAUGAUGGUUGUUAUUAGUGUGAAUUUUAAUGUGAAUAACUCUGUACAUUAUGUCAAUAAGGAGUUUGUUUUGAAUGUAAUUAACUUGGAUGGAUUAUCAAAAAUAAUUAAUGUACUUCUAUAUGUGGUGAUGGAAUUGUAGUUGGAAAUGAAUAAUGUGAUGAUAUGAAUUCUAUUCAAAAUGAUGGUUGUUAUGAAUGUAAAUUUCAAUGUGAUCAAUAUUGUAUUGAUUGUUAAGAAGGAAUAUGCAAUGAAUGCUUAUAAGGAAUGCAUUAAAUCAAUUAAAUUUGUUAACCAGUUUGUGGAGAUGGAUUUCAUUUAUAACCAUUUGAAUAAUGUGAUGAUGGAAAUAAAGAAAGUGGUGAUGGUUGUGAUUUCUAAUGCAAAAUUGAAAAAGAUUGGCUAUGUAUCACUAAUAUAAAUUUUAUUUCUGUUUGUUUAAUCUCAAAAUAACCUGAUUUUACUAUUACUGUCUUAACACCUAAUCCUCAGGAAACAUUUGAUAUUUAAAUUUAAUUCAAUUAACAAGUUAAAAUUUCCCCAAAGAUUUAAAAUGAUUUAAAUGAUCAUAUAACAGCUAGUAUAAUUAAUUUAGAAUAAGAAAAUUAUAGUAUUUAGUAGACCAAAGGAACUACUAGUUCUUAAAAUGAACUGACUGAUAUAGUUCUUUAAUAUAGAAUUUUGUUUCUAUCCUCUAUUGAACAUCCUGUAUUUUAAAUAGAAUUUCAUAAUGAUCCAAUUAUAUCAGAAUACAAUUAAACUCUUACAAAAAGUUAAGGGAAAAUUGAACUUGCUACUCCUAUUGUUUUAGGCUAAACAGAAGCAUAAAUAGCAGAACAAGCUUCAGAUUUUAAUUAAGCAAUCAUAAUUUCACUUGCAAGUCUAUCCUCUGUUUGUUUAUUAACAGGAUAAUCAGAUAUAUUUUGGAAUUUAAUGGAUUAAUUACAAUAUUUAUCGUAUGUAAAGUACAUAAACAUUGAUUUUUCUCCUAAUCUUAACAUAUAUUUUGAAGUUUUUAAGUUUGUAACAAUCUCUCCUUUGAUGUCAGCUAUAGGUAUUGAUAAAUUAUUCGCAGCUUUAGAUGGAAGUGAAAAUUAUUUAGUAGUAACUAAAUACAAAUUUUUGAAGGAUGAUAUCAAUGCAUAUUUCCUUAUAAAUUUUUAAAGUUUUUUGUUUUGCUUUCUAGCAACAUAUCUAAGUUUUUAUAGUGCAAAAAUUUUGCAUCAUUUUCUCAAAAAAAUUGGACAUAUUGAAAUUAAAAAACUUGGUUUUCAGAUUGGUAAACUUGUAAUAAGUACUCGAAAAACACUAUAACUUAAAAUAUCUGAGUUUUAUUAUAAUGCUAUUUUAAGAUUACUAUUAUCAAAUUCAUAUGAUUUAAGUUUUGCAUGUGCCAUUCAAUUAGCAUAUUAUCCAAAAACCAGCAAUACUAUAUUAAUCAUAAAUUAUUACUUAUCAUUUUUAGUUUAUGUUGGUGUAAUUGUGGCUAUCAUAUAUAUAAUUAAUAUUUCAAGUACUUUUUCAAAACAAAACACUUUGAGAAAUAGAUCCAAAUAUUAAGCUAUAUUUGAUGGCAUAAAAGACAACAAUAAAAUGUGGACAUUUCAAUAUAAUUCUCUUUUACUAAUCAAAAAACUAAUUUUUAUAUCUAGUAUUGUAUUUUUGUAAGACAAUGCAUAUAUUUAAGUAAUAGCCAUUUCAUUCCUAUAAUCAUUAUUUUUAAUUCAUUUUAUUCUUAAUAAACCAUUAGAUGAUCGACUUGAAUAUUUUAAGACUUUAAUCACUGAAGUAUUAAUAAUUUUGAAUGUAAUAUCAUUUUUACUUUACCAAUACAAAAAUGAAAUAGAUUUAAAACCAGAAAAAGUGAUCCUUUUAGGAUGGAUGCACAUUUUUUCCUUUUCUUCAAUUUUGGCAGUAACUUUUAUUCUUGAUUCAUCUAAAUAAAUAAAAAAAUUAUUCAAACUUAUAAGAGAAGCACUCAAAAAACCAGAAAGGCCAUAGAAACCAAUGUUUUAUGGAUGUAAUUGA